AUGGGCCCGUGGCGCGAAUUGGGUGCCUCUGCCUACCGUGGUAUGGAGCUGGAGCGAGACGGCACCUUCGAACAGCCAGAGUCUGCCGACAUCCAAAGCAACUCUAGGAAGUUGACGCGGGUGGAUUGGAAAGGGCGGUUCCAGCACUUUAAGCACAACAUACCCACUUUUUGCACGCCAUUCGGUGGUCGUGAGAUCACCUGCGUGGCACACCCGGACGAGGUGGCGUACCUAAGGUGUCGCCUCUGCACGGAUGUGGUGCGUGCCAGCACGCAGGGAGUCUAUCUCGAGGUAGAGGUUGCAACAAACCCGGACAACCUCAGCAUGGCGGUUGUGGAUUUCGAGGCAGGCGGCUGCAGCAGCGUGACCUUCAGUCCGGACACCGGGGCAGUGAUUCGGGAGCGGAAAGUGCGUGAAGCGCCACGGAAGGUUGAGGGCGCGUACAUCCAGCCCUUGCCAACGGUGACAACGGGCCGCCCUUUUCAUGGGCUGAUGGGUCUCUACCUGUGCAAGGACAGACUGGCGUUCUUCAGGAGGUGCGAGGUGCCGGCGGCGCCGGUUGAAGGUGGCGCUCAGAGCGAUUCAAACACACCGCCAGGGCUGGCAGGUGGCAGGUUCUUCCCGCCUCUCCGCGGUCGACCCGAGCCAGACCGAACAGAGAUGGGGCCGUGGGAGACCACGGGCUUUGUCUCUGACUUGGACUGGGCAGAGGGCCGUCGCCUGACGCCAUGCCUCGCCUUCCGCGAUGAGGGCGCCUACCGCGUCCGAAUUGUGAGAAUUGGUGCAACGCCACCGAUCGACGUACAGAGUGCCUCUUGGACGCACAUCAAAAAGCCCUUGCAGCUUGAGGAGGUGAAGGAAUUUGCGCCAGACCCUGCUGUACUGAAGAUCAACCUAGACCUGUCCAAAGUGUUUUCUGCGCUGUCAGGCGAGGCUCUUGUGGCCAUCGAGGGCAUCGAGAACAUGAGCUGCAGCCUGAACCUGGAAAUCAGGAAGUCGGUGGGCUUUGAGGAGAUCGAGCUGGCGGUGACGUCCAGGUCACUGCUGAAAGGUGACCUCCAAGGAGUCGUCCUGUCCAUGCCCGGCAUUCCGACAACGGCCUUCAGAAAAGUUUCCUUCAAGGCAAAAGCGAAAGACCCGCGUUUGCCACUGCUGUCGCUGUCGGCGAAGGUUCUGAAGCAGAACGGCCGGAACGUCCUGAAAUUUCCAAAAGAGGAUCGAGACAUCAACCUCAAGCUCGAAGAUCUCAAGGUGAGCGGGAAUGGGACUUACUGGAGUGGAACGGUGGCCCGCCUGGCAAACCUCUUCAACCGGGUGGGCGCCGUCAACAUCAAGGCUUUCCAGCAGAUCCUUGCCGCGUUGGUCUUCCGAUUUGUGGUGAACCUGGCAAACGAGGCGAUCCCGUCUGAGCUUCUCGGGUUGAUUGGGAGCAAGGAUCAUGGCAUGCUCGCUGACUUGGUGAUACACGUGGGGUUCUAUGGUGCCGGCAAUCCAGAGGAUCCAGAAAUGUCGCUGUUUGUGGCUUCGAGAAGCCUCGCUAUUGAAACGUCACAUGCAGGUUUGACGGACUUCGUGAAUGGUGCUUUCGAUGGCCUGCGGGAACUUGGCUUGUCUGAUGAUUUCGAGAAGAGUCGUCAGAAUCUCCUGAAGUUGGCCGUGGAAGAAGAGUUGAACACGGACAUCAACGUUUCCAACUUCAUGGCCGCAGACAUUUUGGACUCCCAUCCCAAUGGUUGGGGACCCGGCAUAAGCAUCAGCGUUAAGAUGGACAUGACCGGAACGGCAGUGGAUGUAUGGAAUCUGGAGGAAGGUGAAGCUGCAGGCUUUGAGGACCUCGAGGAACUGGAGCUAGCAAAAGACUUCCCCGACAUGCCCUUCAUGAGCUUUGGAGAGUCCUGUCUGCACAACAAGAGUUGGAUCGAUGCGACAAGGAGCUGCAGAAACUGGGCCCUGGAUGCAAGGACCUCGCUCGGCGAGAGGGAUGUAAAUGACAUUGGUUUCGAGCAGUCCAUGCAGUUGUUUGGGUCAUGGGUACACCUGGCUUUGAAGAAGGCCUUUCCAUCUCUAUUCCGGAGGCCUUUGGAAGGGCAGGUUCUUGCCACAACACAGCAAUGGAAAGAGAACUGCCGUUAUGCCAUGCUCUCCCUACCUUCUGGCGAGUGGUGGACUCCGCUCUUGGCCGUUUACGAAGUUCUUCAAAUCUACAAUCCGGACGUGUCUGAGCUUCACGAUGUUUGGAAGAAUUUCCGCUUGGUCGCCAUGCUUCGCCAAACAACUUACACACAUCCCGUGGCAGGGCGAAUGGUGGCCAUCGGGGAAGGUGUGAAACACGGACCCUCAUUUAGAAUGAGCUAUGCCGGAAAGUGGCAUGAUCUUCUCAAGCUUGUUCCGCCAGGAAUCUUGUACUUGUAG